UCUGAUCCAACCGAGUCAAAAAAGUGUAAAACGAACCACCGCUCGAACCACCGCUUACCGAGUCAGCGCCGCCACUCGAGUCGGCGGGCAGUCAAUCAAACCACCCCCCUUGUUUGGAUGCGCGGCCCAAUCCACCCCCGUCCACGAUAUCCUCUCCUCCCUAAGCGGUGGCUUCUAUCUUUAAAAUUCAAUAACAUGUCAUCACUACCACCACCACAAACCACCACCACCACCACCAACCACCAUGGUCGCCUCCUCUUCUUCUCCUCAGGACCCACCAAAACCCCCCUCACGGCGGCUCCCUCCGCCGUGCUGGUCGCCGGACGAAACAGUGGCCUUGAUCGACGCUUACCGUGAUAAAUGGUACUCUCUCAAGAGAGGAAAUCUUCGAGCCUCUCACUGGCAAGAGGUCGCCGACGAUCUCUCAUCCCGAUGUCCGAUCUCCGCCGGAAAAUCGCCCAAGACCUCCGUACAGUGCCGCCACAAGAUGGAGAAGCUCCGGAAACGGUACCGGGCUGAGAUUCAGCGUGCCCUAGCGAUGACCCCUAAAGGGCAACGGUUCAAUUCCUCUUGGGUUCACUUCAAUCGCAUGGAUUUGAUGGAAAAGGGUCCGAAUUCUGUCUCUGUUAUGGUUGAUUCGAGCUCUAUCGAUGAAGAUGAUGAUGAUGAAGAGGAUUUGUAUCAAAGCGUGAAGCGUGGUGUUACUGAGAAUCGGAGUGUUCAUGGGUCGACGAGCAAUGGGAUCGGCGGGUUUAGGAUCAAAAUUCCCGGUCGAUCGAGUGUUACAGUGGUUCCUGGGACGAAAAAAUCUUAUCAUAACCCUAACCCCAACCCUAAUUUUGUGUCUACUAGGGUUGUGAGAGAUGGGUAUUCAGAGAGGUUAGGGUUGGGGAAGAGAGGCGGUGGUGAUGGGGUGGGGAUGAAGAGAGAGGGGGACCCGGUGGCGGAGAUGGUGGCGGCGAUUAAGGGAUUAGGAGAUGGGUUUGUGAGGAUGGAGAGGAUGAAGAUGGAGAUGGCGAGGGAAUUCGAGGCAAUGCGAAGGGAGAUGGAGAUGAAGCAGACCGAGAUGAUUCUCGAAUCACAGGAGCGGAUUGUGGAGGCCUUUGGGAAGGCUUUAUCGGAGAAGGGAAACAAGAAGGCUAAGAGAAUGCCCACGCCAGAAGCUUAGAUUUUGGGCUGCCAAGGGAAUUGCAGAGUUCAUAGUUGGCAGAUUCAGAGAAAAAUGCAUUUUCAGGUGUUGUGGAGCUCUCUGAUGCUGGCAAACUUGGGUUCGCAUAGCUCUUAUAUGUAAGUUGUCUUUUUUGUAGCUUUGUCUCAAUUGAUUUUUAGGGUAAUUGAACAAUUGAAACAGAAUAGUUGUAGCUAGUUUUGGAUGAAUGUGGGUUCAUUUCAAACUUGACAAUCAAAGUGUUCUUUUAUUGUUUUUGAUUUUUUGUAUGAGAGUUAUGCUUUUUAUCCAAUUGCAUUAGUUUGUGA